AUGAGUGAUAGACAAAAGGGAUUGACACGUGCAGUUUCUGAGUACUUUCCAAAUUCAUGGCAUAGACAUUGUAGUAAGCAUUUGUUGAAUAAUUUCAAAGCAAAAUAUCCAUUAUUGAUCUUACAAGAUCUUUUUUGGAUGGCUGUCAAAGCUCUAAAUGAAUUUCUUUUUAAAAAGAAAAUGGAAAAGAUGAAAAUAUUUGAUAAUGAUGCCUACCAAUAUUUGAUGGAUAUCCCAUUACACACUUGGUCUACACAUGCAUUUUACACAAAUCAUAAAAGUCCACAUAUUACUAAUAAUGUAUGUGAGUCGUUUAAUGCUUGGAUAGACAACUUGAGAAGCAUGAGUGUGUUGAAAUUAGUGGAUGGGCUAAGAGUCAAAAUCAUGAUGAGAUUCUACACACAGUUUUCUUCUACUGCAUCUUGGUCAUAUAAUGUUGGACCAAGAAUUGCAACUGAAAUAAAUAAAACUACUGAAGAUGCAAGAUAUUGCAAAGUAAAACCUGCUGGUGGACAUCGAUAUGAAGUAUAUGAUGGUUUUACAAGAUUCCCUGUGAAUUUAGUAUUGCAUACAUGUGAAUGCAAAGCAUGGCAAAUAAGUGGGUUGCCAUACAAACAUGGUGCGGCGGCCAUUAUUUACAUACGGGGAAAAGUGGAGAAUUAUUGUGAUGCAUAUUACCACAAAGAUAAGUACAUCAUAGCUUAUUCUGGACUACACAGUCCCUUACCAGAUCUGGAUACUUUGGAUGAUACAGAUGUGCUUCCACCACCAUUGCGUAGACUUCCGGGGAGGCCAAGAAAAAGUAGGAUAAGGGAAAAAGAUGAAGAUGCACCAUCAAAUGCAAGGAGAAUUUCAACAAAAAUUUCAGCAAGUGAAUCACAAACUUCAAUGAUAAAACAAACUCAACAACAUGCUUCAGCACAGGCCAAAGCAAAGUCACAACUACAAGCCAAACAAAUAAAAAGGGAUAUUAGGAAAGAUAAACUUCUUAGAAGGAAUUCUUUAAAUUUGACAAUUCAAUGA